AUUUCCCCUUUUAAGUGAUCGAAGACUAGAUAGAACAGAGUCUAUAGAGACGGUGGACAGUAGCAUGGUUUUCGUAGUGCGAUUUCUGUUUGCAUAAUUCGGGGCAUAAUUACAUGCUAAGUAAACUAUAAAUAAGUAUAUCCCUGUUACAAAUUUCAUUACGAUAUUUUAUUCUGCACUGAAUCGCGUGUGAAUUGGUAGGAUGAAAUGAAGUUCAUUAGCAUUGUUGUUGCCAUCGUCACACUCAGCCUCCAGCAGCAGCAAGACUGGCAGGAGGUGUUGCAAUGAGGCGGCGAUUGCGUUUCAUUGUGCAACAGUUAAUAACAUAUAGUAGGACUAGGAUUGAUAAUCAUAGUAGUAGGCCUAAUAUCCAAAACUGUCAGUCGAUAAAUAGUAUUCAUACCUCCUGCGAAAAACACCGAAAUUCACCUCUGUCUGCAAGAACAACCCCGUCAGUAGUUGGAAGUAACGUGCAUAUCAUCACUGCCAUCAGUAGUAUCAGACCAUUCAUCACCAUGGCAUCCAAGUCCAGUCCUGGCAAAAGUAACUUUGCAAAACAAAAAUUCGACUAUUUUCUUGUUCUCGAUUUUGAGGCAACAUGCGAAGAUAUGCAACGGAUACAUCCCCAGGAAAUCAUUGAAUUGCCUGUUAUUAAAGUGAGUGGCAAGACCUUCGAAACAGAAGCUGAGUUCCACACCUAUGUGCAGCCUACAGCCCACCCACAACUUUCAACAUUUUGUACUGAGUUAACUGGAAUCACACAGAGUAUGGUAGAUGGACAACCUACAUUCCAAGAGAGUUUAAAAAUGUUGGAUGCCUGGAUGGUUAAAGAGGAUUUAUUAAGGGACAAUAACUCAUUUAUUUUUGUGACAUGCGGAGAUUGGGAUUUUAAAAAGCAGUUAACACACCAAUGUGAGUAUACAGGCAUAGAAUUCCCUCACUAUUGCAAGCAGUGGAUUAAUAUCAAGAAAGCAUUUGCUGCUGCUACAGGAAUAUACCCAAAAGGAAUGCCGAACAUGUUAAAUCAUUUAAAGCUGACACUAGAUGGUCGACAUCACAGUGGAAUAGAUGAUAGUAGGAACAUUGCAAAGAUUUUAAGAGAGAUCGGCAGAAAAGGAUUUAUCUUUGAAGCAACCGGCAACCUGUAGAAAGUGAAUAUCACAGUGAAGCAUUGUGUGGUGUAUAUGCUAGUUCCCAUCUGGUGACCAGCUGUUGGUUUGAGCAAUAUGGGUUUGAGGAUGUCAAGUAACAUGGGUGGAUCAAGGAAAAAGUGGGUUGUAUUGAAGCUGUGAAAUUUACUAGGGUGAAUUGAGGUAAUGGGUUGAAGCUGUGAAACUUUGCAGUGUCUUGCUUUGAGAAAUGGAGUUGAAGCUGUGAAAGUCGGACUCGAGGAUCAUGUGUGGAUUGUGGUCAGGGGCUGAAGCCAUGACAAUUUUGCAGUAUUGUGCGUACUGUAGAUCAAGGAAUGGGGUUGACGCUGGUCCAUUGUGAAACCAGUGAACAAAAAGGACUCAGCGUAACACUGACUUUAAUGAUGAUUUCUCAUGUCUCAUAAUAGUUAAGACUGUAAUAAGAAUAUGAAGACACUCAUAUCUUGUUUCCAGAAGAUGGCCAUAUACUGUAUCAUCCAUUAGAUGAUCAACAUCAGCAAUAAUAAUGGACUAUGAGAACUUCAAAUAAUUAUGAACUGAAAUAUUAGAGUAGUAGGAGCAGUAGGCCUAGUUGCAGUUCUUUUUUGGUUCCUAACCUGAACCUUGGGUAUCAAAAUUUCUUAUUGUCCAUUCUUUUUGGCAUCCUUGGGCAAAGUACCUGGUAGGAAAUUGUCAAAGGGGAGGGAGAAUUGUGGGGUACAUACUUCAACAGAAACGUGUUCCCCCAGGCGCCUCUUCGCUUGAAAUUGCUGACUCUGAAAAUCACACAUAUUUUCCCAACUACCUCCAUAUAAUCAUUAAUCUUCAAAAACAUCCAAGUUAACCUUUGCACCCCUUCAUCAGCAGGCCCUGCCCACCUUGUCGUUAGUCUUUGGUACUCCAUAGAUGUUGUGGCAUGGAAUGUAUUGGUUUGUUCACAUGUACUGUACUGAUGCACAACAAAAAGUAUACUUCAAGGAUGUCAUGAUUGAUAAAAUUGCAGGAAAUUAACGUAGGCUUAGAUCAUUCUUUUCUAUUUGUUAUAUUUACUAAUGGUUAUUUUGUGCAAUUAUAUUAUUAUGUUAUAGGGAUUUUAUAUUUU